GUGAAAAAAAUUGUGUGAAUAAAAAAUAUAUAUGUAUAUGUACAUACUUUCCUAUAUAAAAAUUAUAAUUGUAUGUACAUAUGUACCAGAACAAAUUAAAAAAAUUUAAAACCGCAGUAAAUGUGAAAAUAAUUACAAAAUAUUGGUGAAAAAAUUACUAAAAGGCAGUGGGUCAAAUCAAACUAAACAGAAAAUAUAGAGGUGUGUUUUAAAAUAAAAAACGCACAUAGAAAUUUGUGCUUUUAGCCAUCCUAUAUAAAAGCAAAAUAUUAUAAUAAAAAAAUAAAAAUGAAUAAAAUAUAAAACGAAAUAAUAUUCAAAAAAAAAAUAAAAUAUAAACUAAAUUUAAAAAAUAUACAUACAUAUACACAUUUUUAUAUAUAUAUGUAUGUCUAUUAAAUUUUUUAUUUUAUAAUAAUUGCGAAGCUUUAAAAUUUUUAAAACUUUUUAAUUUUUAUUUUUCUUUACCAUUAUAAAAGUGAUAAUUAAUCAAAAUAUUUAAAUAAAAAAAAAACUAAUUUUAUUUUAAAAUUUAAUAAAAAUACAAAAAAAAAAGAGAAAAAUAAAAAUCCGUAUGACGUACCUGGUAACGUCACUAAAAUAUAACGGAUUUUUCUUAUUUUAAUAUAAGAAAAAUUUACGAAAAAAAAAAAUUUUGUUAAACUGGAGUAAAUAAAAUUUUUUACUUGAGAAAAUCAAGCAAAAUUUUUAAUUUAUCAUGGCUGAAGCAGAAGGAGGCUCCGAGCAGGAUGAUGUAUCAUUCUUGCGUACGGAAGACAUGGUUUGCUUAUCAUGUACAGCAACUGGUGAACGUGUCUGUUUAGCAGCUGAAGGAUUUGGUAAUCGCCAUUGCUUUCUUGAGAAUAUUGCCGAUAAAAAUAUACCACCAGAUUUAUCUCAAUGUGUAUUUGUUAUUGAACAAGCAUUAUCAGUACGUGCCUUACAAGAAUUAGUAACAGCAGCUGGUUCUGAAACUGGUAAAGGCACCGGUUCAGGACAUAGGACUUUAUUAUACGGCAAUGCUAUUCUUUUAAGACAUCAUAAUAGUGAUAUGUACUUAGCUUGCCUUUCGACAUCUUCAUCAAAUGAUAAAUUAUCAUUUGAUGUUGGCCUUCAAGAACACAGUCAAGGUGAAGCAUGUUGGUGGACUGUACAUCCCGCUAGCAAACAAAGAUCAGAAGGUGAAAAAGUUCGUGUCGGUGACGAUUUAAUUUUAGUAUCUGUAGCAACAGAACGUUAUUUGCAUACAACAAAAGAAAAUGAACAAUCUGUAGUAAAUGCCAGUUUUCAUGUUACCCACUGGUCUGUACAGCCCUAUGGAACUGGUAUUUCAAGAGUUAAAUAUGUUGGCUAUGUAUUUGGUGGAGAUGUUCUUCGCUUUUUUCAUGGUGGUGAUGAAUGUCUCACUAUACCGAGUUCAUGGAGUAGAGAGCCUGGUCAAAACAUUGUUGUGUACGAAGGCGGUUCUGUAAUGUCUCAAGCUAGGUCCCUUUGGCGUCUAGAACUAGCCAGGACAAAAUGGACUGGUGGCUUUAUAAAUUGGUUCCAUCCUAUGAGAAUAAAACAUAUCACAACAGGACGAUAUUUAGGAGUGAAUGAAAAUAAUGAAUUAACUUUGUUGAAAAGAGAUGAAGCUUCAAUCGCUGUUUCAACAUUUUGUUUACGUCAAGAAAAAGAUGAUCAAAAAGUGGUUCUUGAAGAUAAAGAUCUUGAAGUUAUUGGUGUUCCUAUUAUUAAAUAUGGUGACACAACAGUAAUAGUGCAGCAUUGUGAAUCAGGUUUAUGGCUCAGUUAUAAAAGUUAUGAACGUAAAAUGAAAGGUGUAGGAAAAGUUGAAGAAAAACAGGCAAUGCUGCACGAAGAAGGUAAAAUGGACGAUUGUUUAGACUUUUCCCGUUCUCAAGAAGAAGAAUCAAAAACAGCACGUGUAAUUAGGAAAUGUAGCAGUCUCUUCACUCAAUUUAUUAAUGGCCUUGAAACUCUGCAAACUAAUCGGCGGCAUUCACUAUUUUUUGGUAAUGUCAAUUUAAAUGAAAUGGUAAUGUGCUUAGAAGAUUUAAUUAAUUACUUUGCACAACCUGAUGAAGACAUGGAACACGAAGAGAAGCAAAAUCGAUUUAGAGCGCUUCGUAACCGUCAGGACUUAUUCCAAGAGGAAGGUGUUCUCAAUUUGAUUUUAGAAGCAAUUGACAAAAUUAAUGUCAUUACCUCUCAAGGCUUCUUAGCGAGCUUUUUAGCAGGAGAUGAAGUCGGUCAAAGUUGGGAUUUAAUUUCAACCUACCUUUACCAACUUCUUGCAGCUAUUAUUAAAGGAAACCACACCAAUUGUGCUCAGUUUGCUAACAGUAAUCGCCUUAAUUGGCUUUUUUCCCGUUUGGGCUCACAAGCUUCAAGUGAAGGCUCUGGUAUGUUAGAUGUACUCCACUGCGUCCUUAUUGACUCACCAGAGGCUUUGAAUAUGAUGAGAGAUGAACAUAUCAAAGUUAUAAUUUCGCUACUGGAGAAGCACGGACGCGAUCCAAAAGUUUUAGAUGUAUUGUGUUCAUUGUGCGUUGGUAAUGGUGUUGCUGUAAGAUCAUCACAAAAUAAUAUUUGUGAUUAUUUGCUUCCUGGGAAAAAUUUGUUGCUUCAGACACAGCUGGUGGAUCAUGUAGCGAGUAUUCGCCCAAAUAUUUUUGUUGGACGCGUUGAAGGAUCCGCUAUGUAUCAAAAAUGGUAUUUCGAAAUAACGAUGGAUCAUAUUGAACAAACAACACAUAUGAUGCCUCAUUUACGUAUUGGAUGGGCAAACACUACAGGGUACGUUCCAUAUCCCGGCGGUGGUAAAAAGUGGGGAGGAAACGGUGUUGGUGACGAUUUGUAUUCUUUUGGUUUUGAUGGUGUAAAUCUUUGGACUGGUGGUCGCAAAACACAAGUAGUGGAACAAGUUCCAGAGGAACCUUUUAUAAAAAAAGGAGAUGUUAUUGGAGUAGCUCUUGAUUUAUGUAUUCCGAUUAUUACUUUCACUUUUAAUGGUGAAAAAAUUCAUGGUAGCUUUAGAGAUUUCAAUUUAGAUGGUAUGUUUUUUCCCGUAAUGAGCUGCUCAUCAAAAUUAAGUUGCAGAUUCUUAUUUGGUGGUGAUCAUGGUCGUUUAAAAUUUAUUCCACCACUUGGGUUUUCACCAUUAGUACAGUGUUUGAUGCCACAUCAAGUUCUUAGUUUGGAUCCUUGCUUUUAUUUUGGGAAUUUAAAUAAGGGCGUACUUGCUGGACCAUGGUUAGUUGAAGAUGAUAACGCAUUUGUUCCUAAUCCGGUCGAUACAUCCGCAGUCUUAUUACCGAGUUCAGUAGAUCAAAUAAAAGAAAAAUUAGCGGAAAAUAUUCAUGAAAUGUGGGCUUUAAAUAAAAUUGAAGCAGGAUGGACGUGGGGAGAGAGAAGGGACGACAUGCAUAGAAUUCAUCCGUGCUUAACACAUUUUGAAAAUUUACCACAUGCUGAACAAAGAUAUGAUAAUCAAUUGGCUGUGCAAACUUUAAAAACUAUAAUAGCUUUAGGUUAUUAUAUUACAAUGGAUAAACCUCCAGCAAGAAUUCGUCCAAUUCGUCUUCCGAAUGAACCAUUUAUGCAAGCAAAUGGUUAUAAACCAGCACCUUUAGAUUUAAGUGCUGUCUCCUUAACACCCAAAUUAGAAGAAUUGGUAGAUCAAUUGGCUGAAAAUACUCAUAACCUGUGGGCAAAAGAACGUAUUCAGCAGGGUUGGACUUAUGGUUUAAAUGAAGAUGCAGAAAAUCACAGGAGUCCACAUUUAGUUCCUUAUUCUAAAGUAGAUGAAGCAAUCAAAAAAGCAAAUCGAGAUACAGCAUCAGAAACAGUAAGGACACUUCUUGUUUAUGGUUAUAAUUUGGAUCCACCAACUGGUGAAGGGAAUGAAGCGUUAUUAGCUGAAGCGCUUCGAUUAAAAUUCGCUGCUUUCCGAACUUAUAGAGUCGAAAGGAACUAUGCUGUCACGUCAGGAAAAUGGUAUUUUGAGUUUGAAGUAUUAACUGCUGGUCCUAUGAGAGUUGGAUGGGCGCGAGCUGAUUGCCUGCCAGGUAGAAUGUUAGGAAAUGAUGAGAACAGUUGGGCAUUCGAUGGUUAUAAUGAAGAAAAAGUGUCCGGAGGGUCUUCAGAAACGUUUGGAAAACAAUGGACACCUGGUGAUAUUGUAGGUGUAUUCUUAGACGUCGCUGAUCAUACAAUUAGCUUUUCAUUAAAUGGUGAGUUGUUAAUGGAUGCCCUAGGUGGCGAAACAACUUUCGCUGAUGUACAAGCGGAAGACGUUGGGUUCGUUCCAGCUUGCACUUUAGGUGUAGGACAAAAAGCUCGUUUGAUUUAUGGUCAAGAUGUUGAUUCCUUAAAAUAUUUUACAGUUUGUGGUUUACAAGAAGGUUAUGAACCAUUCUGCGUAAAUAUGCGUCGCGCAGUAACUCAUUGGUAUACCAAAGAUCAGCCGAUAUUUGAAAAUACUGAGGAAAUUCCUGGUUGCCCAAUUGAUGUUACUAGAAUUCCUGCUGGGGCUGACAGUCCACCUCAUUUGAAAAUAUCACAUAACACCUUUGAAACAAUGGAGAAAGCAAAUUGGGAAUUUUUAAGAUUAUCUUUACCCGUAACUUGUGCAAGUACCUUUAUUGACGAAAAUGAGAAAGAUCGUCGUUGGAAAGAAAUAAAAAUACGACAAUACCGUUUAAUGCAUGAAGCUGAAAUGGCUAUGACACCACAACCUCAACAAGGGCCUGGGGCACACAUAGACCACAUUAUGAAAAGCGGAUUUACCAUGAGUGAUAUAAAAGGAUUGCAUCGUACAUAUGAUGACACCGCAGAAGCUGAAGAAAGUAUGUUGAGACAACCAGCUCGUCCACCAAGGAAAGGUUCCCUUACGAGAAAUAUCACCUUUGAAGAGGAUCAAAUGCUGGGAUCUGCAUCACAAUUAAAUGUGAGCGGUGAUGAAGGAAUUGAUGAUAAAAAGAAACAACGAGGAAGAAGUCCUUUCCGAUUCUUUUCCAAAAAACCCCGUGAUCAAAGUAAAGAGAAAUCAAAUGGUAGAGCACCUGAAGUGUCAUUUGAGAGAAGAAAUACUGUGGCACAUGGAAGAAAUGUAAUUCAGUCCCAACUGACCACUAGAGGUGCUCCAUCCGUUCUGGUUUCCAAUGCUGAUAUGCGUGUUCAACCUCCACAAGUCCCCGAUCGCCCCAAGCAAACUCAUUUGUCUGGUGGCAAUUUGGGAGGAAAUGGAGUUGAAACGUCUGGUACAGAUAUGUUUGAUGCCGAAUGCUUGAAACUGAUUAAUGAAUACUUUUUUGGUGUCCGCAUAUUUCCUGGUCAGGAUCCCACUCAUGUUUAUGUCGGUUGGGUCACAACGCAGUAUCAUUUACAUAGUACGGAAUUCAACAAAACGAAAGUAAAAACUGCUUCAGUUGUCCUUGAAGACGAUUAUGGUGAUGCCUUAGCAAAAAUCGACCAUCAAAGUUGUUAUAUGGUUCGAGCAGACGAAUUGUUUAAUGAAGUAACACAAGAUGCUUCAGGUAAGGGAGCAUCUCAAGGAAUGUUUAUCGGAUGCUUCGUAGAUACUGCAACUGGUACUAUUAGAUUUACAUGUGAAGGAAAGGAAACCUCACACCGUUGGUUAAUGGAGCCUGAUUCAAAACUAUUUCCAGCUAUUUUUGUUGAAGCAACAAGUAAAGAAAUAUUGCAAAUUGAGCUAGGAAGAACGCCCACUACAUUGCCACUCUCAGCUGCAGUUCUUCCCACUAGCGAUAAACACAUCAAUCCUCAAAUGCCACCACGGUUAAAAGUUCAAUGUUUAAAACCAAAUCAAUGGGCAAGAGUACCCAAUCAAGCGUUACAAGUGCAUGCUCUUAAAUUAUCAGACAUUCGAGGGUGGUCAAUGCUAUGUGAAGAUCCAGUUUCUAUGCUAGCGUUGCACAUUCCCGAGGAAGACCGUUGUAUAGACAUUUUAGAAUUGAUUGAAAUGGAUAAAUUGCUUUCUUUCCAUUCACAUACACUAACAUUAUACGCAGCUUUAUGUUUUCAGUCCAAUUAUAGAGCUGCCCAUGCCCUUUGCCAGCAUGUCGAUCAAAAACAAUUAUUAUACGCAAUUAAGUCCGAGUAUAUGAGCGGAUCUUUGCGUCAAGGCUUUUAUGAUCUUCUCAUUUCAUUGCAUUUAGAAUCCCAUGCAUUAACAAUGGAGGUUUGUAAAAAUGAAUACAUUAUUCCUUUAGGAUCAGAGUUAAAAGAUCUUUAUGCUGAUGAAGAAAUGUGCCAUUCCUUAAGGUCUUUGCAAAUGGAGUCAGUAAGGCCGCAAUUAAGAAUGACAGAAAUAGCUCCUAUAACACAUACCCCUUUAAAUCAAUCGAAUACCCAACUAGCAGCUCCGAAUCCUUCUAGUGAACCGAUUCCAUCUAUUGAUCAACUAUAUUCACCACAAUUUCCACUUGAGGAAGUUAAAGAAUUUGUUAUGGAAGCUCUAAAUGAAGCAGUUGAAGUAAAUCAAGUUCAUAACAGAGAUCCAAUUGGAUGGUCAAAUGAAAAUUUGUUUUUGCCAAUAAUUAAAUUGACGGAUCGCUUACUUCUUGUUGGAGUUUUAACCGACGAAGAUAUUAUUAAGCUCUUAAUAAUGAUUGAUCCGGAAACUUGGGACGUUACGUUUGAUAGAGAAGGUAAAGAUGAGCAUCGUAAGGGAUUAUUGACAAUGAAAAUGGCUGAAGGUGCCAAAUUGCAAAUGUGUUAUUUGCUGCAACAUUUGUAUGACAUACAGUUACGUCAUCGGGUUGAAAGUAUUAUUGCAUUUUCUCAUGACUUCGUUGGUGAUCUUCAAGCCGAUCAAUUAAGAAGAUAUAUUGAAAUUAAACAAUCAGAUUUGCCAAGUGCAGUUGCUGCCAAAAAAACUCGUGAGUUCCGCUGUCCUCCAAGAGAGCAAAUGAAUGCUGUAUUGAGCUUUAAGAAUUUAGAAGCUGACGAUCAAGAAAAUUGUACUUGUGGUUUAGAAAUCCGAGGUUCUUUAUACGACUUUCAUGAUGCUUUAAUGAAAAAGGUAUCUCUGAAUGCUCUGCAAGAACCAGAAGAACCUGAAGCUACAGCAAUUGAAGAUACCAAACCUGGACCAAUUACGAAAAUUUAUAAUUUUAUUAAUCAUGUAAAAGAACUUGAAGAGGGCCCAAAAGAAAUCCCAGAGCCAGAAAAGAAAACUCCUGAAGAGGUCUUCCGGAAAGUUCUCAUAAAAACUAUAGUCAGUUGGGCCGAAGGUUCUCAAAUUGAAACACCUAAAUUGAUUAGAGAAAUGUUUAGUCUUCUUGUAAGGCAGUAUGACACAGUCGGAGAACUAAUUAGAGCAUUGGAAAAAACAUAUGUAAUAAACAGUGGAACGAGAAAUGAUGUCGCAGAAAUGUGGAUUGGUUUAAGUCAAAUAAGAGCCUUACUCCCUGUGCAAAUGAGUCAAGAAGAAGAAGAAUUAAUGAGAAAAAGACUUUGGAAACUCGUUAAUAACCACACAUUUUUCCAACAUCCUGAUUUAAUUCGCAUUCUAAGAGUUCACGAAAAUGUAAUGGAUGUAAUGAUUAAUACAUUGAGUCGAAGAGCUCAAGCGCAAAGUGAUGCUCCGGCUCAAGAAGCUGAAGGUGCGCCUGUGAAAGAAAAGGAUACUUCACAUGAAAUGGUUGUCGGUUGCUGUCGAUUCCUUUGCUACUUUUGUCGUACCAGUCGAGCAAAUCAGAAAGCUAUGUUUGACCAUUUUGACUUUCUUUUGGACAAUUCGAAUAUUUUACUUUCUCGUCCAAGCUUACGAGGUUCCACUCCAUUAGAUGUAGCGUAUUCAAGUUUAAUGGAAAACACAGAAUUGGCCCUGGCUUUACGUGAACAUUAUCUAGAAAAAAUCGCAGUUUAUCUAUCACGAUGUGGUCUCCAAAGCAAUUCAGAAUUAGUCGAAAAAGGCUAUCCAGAUUUAGGUUGGGAUCCUGUUGAAGGUGAACGUUAUCUAGAUUUUCUCAGGUUUUGUGUUUGGGUAAAUGGUGAAAGUGUAGAAGAAAAUGCAAACCUUGUCAUUCGUCUUCUUAUCCGUCGUCCAGAAUGCUUAGGGCCCGCCUUAAGAGGAGAAGGGGAAGGUCUAUUUCGGGCAAUUGUUGAUGCAAAUAAAAUGUCUGAACGAAUUGCUGAUCGACGUAAGCUGCAAGAUGAAGCUGAAGGUACCAUUGCCGGUUUGAAUUUUUCGCAUCCUCUACCAGAAAGUGAUGAGGAUGAAGAUUACAUUGAUACUGGAGCGGCUAUCUUAAAUUUCUACUGUACAUUGGUAGAUCUCUUGGGAAGAUGUGCUCCAGAUGCAUCCGUCAUUGAACUGGGAAAGAAUGAAUCUCUUCGUGCACGAGCCAUUUUGAGAUCAUUAGUUCCCUUAGAGGACCUUCAAGGAGUCCUGAGCUUACGUUUUACAUUGUUACAAACGGCACCUGGCGAAGAAAAACCAAAAUCUGACAUGCCUUCUGGUUUAAUACCAAACAACAAACAAAGUAUUGUUUUAUUUUUAGAACGUGUUUAUGGCAUCGAAGCGCAAGACCUAUUUUAUAAACUGCUAGAAGAAGCAUUUUUACCUGAUUUGCGCACAGCUACAAUGUUGGAUAAAAGUGAUGGUUCUGAAAGUGAUAUGGCCCUUUCAAUGAACCGCUAUAUUGGAAAUUCUAUUUUACCACUUUUAAUUAAACAUUCAAAAUUUUAUAAUGAGGCUGAAAAUUACGCCAGUUUACUAGAUGCCACUUUACACACUGUGUACAGGUUGUCCAAGAACAGAAUGCUGACAAAAGGACAAAGAGAAGCUGUAUCAGAUUUCCUUGUAACACUUACUGGAAGUAUGCAACCUGCUAUGUUGCUAAAACUUUUAAGAAAAUUAACAGUUGAUGUGUCAAAACUAUCAGAAUACACUACCGUUGCUUUAAGGCUUCUUACGCUACAUUACGAACGUUGUGCCAAAUAUUACGGUUCCAGUCAUGGUCAAGGAGCAUACGGGGCAUCGUCUGAUGAAGAAAAACGUUUGACUAUGAUGUUGUUCUCAAACAUUUUUGACUCUUUAAGCAAUAUGGACUACGAUCCAGAACUUUUUGGAAAAGCUUUACCAUGUCUAAUUGCUAUUGGAUGUGCUUUACCUCCCGAUUAUAGUUUAACAAAAAAUACUGAUGAAGAUUUUUACGGUCGUCAACCCGGUGAUCCAGAUCAAGCACAAUAUAUCCCAAUGCCUAUCGAUACAAAUAAUGUGAAUUUAGAUAAUGAUUUAAAUAACAUUGUACAAAAAUUCAGUGAGCACUAUCAUGACGCUUGGGCGAGUAGAAAACUGGAAGCUGGUUGGACUUAUGGUGACAGUUGGUCGGACAGUCAAAAGAGUCAUCCAAGAUUAAAACCAUAUAAUAUGCUGAAUGAAUAUGAGAGAGAACGGUAUAAAGAACCAGUUCGUGAAAGUUUAAAAGCUUUAUUGGCAAUAGGUUGGACUAUAGAACACCAAGAUAUGGAUCAGUCAUUAUCUCAUCGGGGAUCAACCCGAAGGCAAUCAAAACCUCAAAUUGGUGAUAAUUUUCAGAGUGAUAGUGCCUUCAAUUACAAUCCUCAUCCAGUUGAUAUGUCUAAUCUAACAUUAAGCAGAGAAAUGCAAAAUAUGGCCGAGCGUUUAGCUGAAAACUCUCAUGAUAUUUGGGCUAAAAAGAAAACUGAAGAGCUUACAAAAUGUGGCGGUGUGAUACAUCCGCAGCUAGUUCCUUACGAUUUAUUAACAGACAAAGAAAAACGAAAAGAUCGUGAACGUUCACAAGAAUUCCUAAAAUAUCUUCAAUAUCAGGGAUAUAAGCUUCACAGGCCAUCAAAAGGAGGAGCAACAGAAGAAGGUGGUAUUGCACAAGCACCACCUGAACUCCGAUUCUCUUAUUCGUUGUUAGAGAAAUUAAUAGCCUAUUUAGAUCGGGCCACCAUCAACAUGAAGAUUUUGAAACCUUCAUCAACAUUUAGUCGGAGAACAUCCUUUAAAACUGCAUCCAGGGAUAUAAAAUUCUUUUCCAAAGUUGUGCUGCCAUUAAUGGAAAAAUAUUUUUCAACUCAUCGCAAUUACUUCAUAGCAAUUGCUACUGCUACAAAUAAUGUAGGAGCUGCUUCGCUGAAAGAAAAAGAAAUGGUUGCAGCUUUGUUUUGUAAAUUGGCGGCAUUACUAAGGAACCGAUUAACGGCUUUCGGUCCUGAUAUAAGAAUUACUGUGAGAUGCUUACAGGUUUUAGUGAAAGGAAUAGACGCAAAAUCUUUAGUGAAAAACUGCCCAGAAUUUAUUCGAACAUCUAUGCUAACAUUCUUUAAUAACACUGCCGACGAUUUAAUCAAUACCAUCAAUAACUUACAAGAAGGGAAAUAUAGUCAUUUGAGGGGAACUCAUCUCAAAACUUCAACUUCAUUAGGAUAUGUUAAUAUGGUAAUUCUGCCAGUACUAACGGCUAUGUUUGAUCAUUUAGCCUCUUGCGAUUACGGAAGUGAUUUACUUUUGGAUGAAAUUCAAGUUGCCUCAUAUAAAAUAUUGGCGGCUUUGUAUCAACUUGGAGUCGACCUAUCAUUAACUCAUGAACGAAAAUACUUGAAAACUGAAAUCGAACGUCAUAAGCCGAAUCUAGGUUCAUGUUUGGGUGCAUUCAGUGCUUGUUUCCCUGUUGCUUUUCUAGAACCCCAUUUAAACAAACAUAACCAAUACUCCCUCUUAAAUCGUAUUGCAGACCAUUCUUUAGAAGCUCAAGAUAUAAUGGUGAAAAUGGAGACUGCCAUGCCUAAUUUAGAAACCAUUCUCUCGGAGGUGGAUCAAUUUGUUGAGUCCGAUAAAACAUAUAAUGAUGGUCCACACAUAAUUGAUGUUAUUCUACCCCUGCUAUGUUCAUAUCUUCCAUUCUGGUGGUCGCAGGGUCCGGAUAACGUAAGUCCGACAAGUGGCAACCAUGUUACAAUGGUUACAGCUGAUCAUAUGAAUGGUCUGUUAAAGAACGUGUUGAAAAUGAUAAAAAAGAAUAUUGGUAAUGAAAAUGCUCCAUGGAUGACCCGUAUUGCUGCGUAUACCCAACAGAUUAUUAUUAAUAGCUCCGAAGAGCUUUUAUUUGAUCCUUUCUUACCACUUGCAGAACGUGUUAAAAAGCGUACAGAAAACAUGUUUCACAAAGAAGAAAGCAUGCGAGGUUUUAUUAAAUCAGCAACAGAUGAUACGUCACAAGUUGAAACUCAAUUACAAGAAGAUUGGAAUUUACUUGUACGAGAUAUUUAUUCAUUCUAUCCACUAUUGAUUAAAUAUGUUGAUUUACAAAGAAACCAUUGGCUCAAAGACAACGUAAAAGAAGCCGAAGAACUGUAUAAUUACAUUGCUGAAAUAUUCAAUAUAUGGUCAAAGAGUCAAUAUUUCUUAAAAGAAGAACAAAACUUUAUUUCAGCCAAUGAAAUUGAUAAUAUGGCUUUAAUUAUGCCAACAGCUACUAGAAGAUCUGCAAACAUAAGUGAAGGUGCACCUGUUGGUGGUGGUGGUAAAGUUAAAAAGAAGAAGAAAAGUCGAGACAAGAAACGUGAUAAAGAUAAAGAAGUUCAAGCUAGUUUAAUGGUUGCUUGUCUUAAGCGUUUGCUACCAGUAGGAUUAAAUUUAUUUGCUGGUCGUGAACAGGAACUUGUUCAACAUUGUAAAGAUCGUUACUUAAAAAAAAUGGCCGAAUAUGAAGUUGUGGAAUUCGCUCGUAAUCAAUUAACUUUACCUGACAAAUUGGACCCUUCGGAUGAAAUGUCUUGGCAACAUUAUCUUUAUUCAAAACUUGGGAAAAAAGAAGAAAUUCUUGAUGAAGCUCUUGUAGAAAAGAAUUCAAACACGAAUGAAAAAAAAGAUAAAACUCAAGAGACUGUCGAUCGUAUAGUAGCUAUGGCGAAAGUACUUUAUGGUUUGCAUAUGAUCGACCAUCCACAACAACAAAGUAAAAAUGUCUACCGAAGUUGUGUAUCAAUUCAAAGGAAACGUGCUGUUAUUGCUUGUUUCCGACAGGUGUCACUACACUCUCUUCCCAGGCAUCGCGCUUGUAACAUCUUUGCCCGUACAUAUUACGAAUUAUGGUUGCAGGAAGAAAAUGUUGGUCAAGAAGUAAUGAUUGAAGAUUUAACUCAAUCCUUUGAGGAUUCAGAAAAAUCUAAAAAAGAUCCGGAAGAAGAAGAAGGAAAACCGGAUCCACUAACACAAUUGGUAACAACUUUCUGUCGUGGCGCCAUGACAGAAAGGAGCGGGGCAUUACAAGAAGAUUUACUUUAUAUGUCUUAUGCUCAAAUUGCUGCCAAAUCGUGUGGUGAAGAAGAAGAAGAGGGCGGAGAUGAAGAAGGCGGUGGAGGUGAAGAGGGUGCUGAAGAGGGUACAAGUAUACAUAAAAUUAGAAGUAACAUGGAAAAGUUAAUGGAACAAGAAAUGGAAAAACAAAAAUUGCUUUUCCAUCAAGCUCGAUUAGCAAAUCGUGGUGUGGCUGAAAUGGUACUCUUACAUAUAUCUGCAUCGAAAGGUGUACCAUCUGAAAUGGUAAUGACAACAUUAAAUUUAGGUAUAGCAAUUUUACGUGGUGGUAACAUUGACAUUCAAAUGGGAAUGUUGAAUCAUUUAAAAGAAAAAAAGGAUGUUGGAUUCUUUACCUCUAUUGCUGGAUUGAUGAAUUCAUGUAGCGUUCUUGAUCUUGAUGCAUUUGAAAGGAAUACUAAAGCUGAGGAAUAUAUUCCAUCGGGUUCAGGUCUAGGUGUUGGUUCAGAAGGAGCUGCUGGUGAAAAGAAUAUGCAUGAUGCUGAAUUUACAUGUGCUUUAUUCCGAUUCAUUCAAUUGACCUGUGAAGGUCACAAUUUAGAUUGGCAAAAUUAUUUGAGAACACAAGCUGGUAAUACUACGACUGUAAAUGUUGUUAUUUGUACUGUUGAUUAUUUGUUGCGUCUUCAAGAAUCCAUUAUGGAUUUUUAUUGGCAUUAUUCAAGUAAGGAAAUUAUUGAUCCAGCUGGUAAAGCAAAUUUCUUUAAAGCUAUCGGUGUUGCAAGUCAAGUUUUCAACACACUAACUGAAGUUAUUCAAGGUCCUUGUACAUUAAAUCAGCAAGCAUUAGCCCAUUCCAGAUUAUGGGAUGCUGUUGGUGGUUUCUUGUUCCUUUUCUCUCAUAUGCAAGAGAAAUUAUCAAAACAUGCAAGUCAAGUUGAUUUACUAAAAGAAUUGUUGAAUUUACAAAAGGAUAUGAUCACCAUGAUGUUAUCCAUGUUGGAAGGAAAUAUUGUAAACGGUACCAUUGGUAAACAGAUGGUUGACACUUUAGUUGAAUCAGCACAAAACGUUGAAUUAAUUUUAAAAUAUUUUGAUCAAUUUUUAAAAUUAAAAGAUUUAAUAGAAUCAGCCAGUUUUCAAGAAAUCGACCCGAAUAGUGAAGGUUGGGUAACACCAAAAGAUUUCAGAGAGAAAAUGGAACAACAAAAAACUUAUACAGUUGAAGAAAUGGAUUUCCUUUUAGCAUGCUGUGAACGUAAUCAUGAAGGAAAAAUUGAUUAUGCUGCUUUUGUAGACCGUUUUCAUGAACCAUCUAAAGAAAUCGGUUUUAAUUUAGCUGUUUUGUUAACAAAUUUAAGUGAACACAUGCCAAAUGAACCAAGAUUGGCACGGUUCUUAGAAACAGCUGGCUCAGUACUUAAUUAUUUUGAGCCAUUUUUAGGUCGUAUUGAAAUUUUAGGAAGCUCAAAAAAAAUUGAAAGAGUUUACUUUGAAAUUAAAGAUACUAAUAUAGAACAAUGGGAAAAACCUCAAAUUCGUGAAUCAAAACGUGCCUUCUUCUACUCAAUUGUAACAGAAGGUGGUGACAAAGAAAAACUUGAAGCUUUUGUUAACUUCUGUGAAGAUGCAAUUUUUGAAAUGCAACAUGCUUCUGGUUUAAUGGCAACAGAUGAUGGUGGUAGUAAUGUUAAACGUGAUAGCGGAUAUAGUUCAUAUAUGAGUGAAGAAGAUGAAGAACGUGCUGCAAAAGAUCCAAUUCGUAGAACAAUUCAAGGAAUUAAAGAUGGUGCUAAAAAUUUAGUGUUUAUGUUAAGUCCAGCCAACAUUAAACAUCAAAUUGGUGUUAUGCAAACUAAAACUGUUCCGGAAUUGAUUGUAGGAUUCUUUAAAAUGAUCUUCUAUUGUUUCUAUUACACUGGUUAUGCGAAUCUGAUGAUUUUGAAAUAUAUAUUUGGAAUUAUAUUAAAUUUAAUGCGUGGACCAGCUAGUGAAGAAGUUGAAGAGCCACCAGUAGAGGAAGAUAAAUUUGCAUCAUUAGCAUUGCCGCCAUUACCGCAGGAAGAGCCGCCGGGUACGAUACAGGCUUUUGGAAUGGAUAUUAAUAAAGAAGAAAAUGGACAAUAUAAAGUUGCGAUACAUGAAUCCCCUGGCCUAUCUCCGUCAUCUUCCGUUGAAGAAACUGGUGAAAGUUCUCCAGAAGAUGGGGCUGCAGUUACCGCACAAGGAGAAAUUUUAGUUGAAGGUGGGGAACCGAAAGAGCCGCCAAUGACUUUAGUUGAUUUAUUAGGCGGAGAUGCCGCAAAACGUGCUGCUCAAGAAAGACAAGAAGCACAAAAAGCACAAGAAGCAGCAAUGGCAUCAAUUGAAGCUGAAGCCAAGAAAACAGCAACACAACCAGCUGAGCCUUCAGCUGUUAGCCAAAUUGAUUUUUCAGGUUAUGCCCGAAAGGUUGUAAGUCUUUUAGCUAGAAACUUUUACACGUUAAAAUAUGUUGCUUUAGUGUUAGCUUUUAGUAUCAAUUUUAUGUUACUCUUCUACAAAGUUACAACACUUGGAGAAGAUGAUGAUGGCGAUGAAGAAGAUUUACUUUUAGGAGGAUCAGGUUCUGGGGCUGGUUUAGGUUCUGGUUUAGGCUCGGGAGAGGGUUCUGGUGAAGGGGAGGAAGAUGAUUUUUCGAAUGAACAGGUUGAGGUUGAUGAGAACUAUUAUUAUAUGGAACAUGUACUUAGAGUGUCAGCGGUACUACACAGUAUAGUUUCUUUGGCUAUGCUAAUUGCUUAUUAUCACCUUAAAGUACCAUUAGCUAUCUUCAAAAGGGAAAAAGAAAUUGCACGUCGUCUUGAAUUCGAUGGGUUAUUUAUCGCAGAGCAACCGGAAGACGAUGACUUUAAGUCUCAUUGGGAUAAAUUGGUAAUAUCGGCGAAAUCAUUUCCGGUUAAUUAUUGGGAUAAAUUUAUUAAGAAAAAAGUUAGACAAAAAUAUAGUGAAACAUAUGAUUUUGACUCAAUAUCAAAUCUUUUGGGUAUGGAAAAAAAUGCUUUUGCGGCACAAGAGGAAGGUGCUGAGUCUGGUGGUGUAAUUAAAUAUAUUCUCAAUAUUGAUUGGAGGUAUCAAAUUUGGAAAGCGGGUGUAACAAUUACUGAUAAUGCUUUCUUAUAUUCAUUAUGGUAUUUUACAUUUUCGGUUAUGGGUAAUUUCAAUAAUUUCUUCUUUGCUGCACAUUUACUUGAUGUUGCUGUUGGUUUUAAAACACUAAGAACUAUUUUGCAAUCAGUAACUCAUAACGGAAAGCAAUUAGUUUUGACUGUAAUGUUGUUAACUAUUGUUGUAUAUAUUUAUACUGUUGUGGCAUUCAAUUUCUUCCGUAAAUUUUACAUACAAGAAGAGGACGAUGAAGUUGAUAAAAAAUGUCAUGAUAUGGCAACAUGCUUUAUAUUCCAUUUAUAUAAAGGUGUAAGAGCUGGUGGUGGUAUAGGUGAUGAAAUUGGUGAUCCUGUCGGUGACGAAUACGAAGUAUAUCGUAUUAUUUUCGAUAUAACAUUCUUCUUCUUUGUUAUUGUUAUUCUAUUGGCCAUUAUUCAAGGUUUGAUCAUUGAUGCUUUCGGUGAGCUUCGUGAUCAAUUGCAAUCUGUACAAGAUAAUAUGGAAUCAUUUUGCUUUAUAUGUGGUAUAGCUAAGGACUAUCUGGAUGCGGUACCGCACGGAUUUGAUACGCAUGUUCAAAAAGAGCAUAAUCUGGCAAAUUAUAUGUUCUUUUUAAUGCAUUUAAUUAAUAAACCGGACACAGAAUAUACUGGUCAAGAAACAUAUGUGUGGAAUAUGUAUCAGCAAAGGUGUUGGGACUUCUUCCCUGUCGGUGAUUGCUUCCGUAAACAAUAUGAAGAUGAGUUAGGAGGUGGUGGCGGAGGUGGUGGAGGUGGAGGAGGUUAAAGAUUUUUUUUUUUCUUCUUUAAUCUCCUCUCGGUUUGAGCUAGGGAAAUUAUUAUAACAUUUAAAUGGAAAGACAUUUUUAGGGAAAAAUUUAACAAAUUUAGCAGAACAUGAUCAAAUAAAUUUAUUAUUUUUUUUUUUAAAUUUUAAAAUAAAAAAAAAAUUAGUUAUGUGAAAUAUCAUAAAGAAGAAUUUUAGUCAGUCUUUUUUCAAUAAUAAUCAAAUAUUUGCAAUAUAUAGGAAAAAUACUAAAUAUACACACACAAGACCCUUACAGAACCAAACUAUCAGAGGAACAAAAAAAAAAUAUUAUAUUUCAUUAAUAUUUUAAGUCCUACCAUAACUACAAAAACAGCAAAUAUUUUAUAAUGAAAGGAAAAUAUUUUCGUUUAUUAAGAUUUAGGUAACAUUUUUUAUUAAAUCAUGAACCUGAUCAUUUGCAAUUUUGCUUCUUCUCAUAAAUUUUACUAUUUGAAAUAUAAUUUACGAAAAUUAAAACAUUAAAAAGCAUUAAAAAAUACGAAUUAUUUAUCUUUUUAAAAAAGAGAGAAUUAAAAAAAAUCAGUCAUUAACUGACUUAUAAAUUUAAUUUAUAUACGAAUAUAAAAUAAUUAUAUGAUGCGAUUUAAAUAAUUUAAAUAAUAAAAAAAAAAUUAAUAGAAUUUUUAAAAAAAUAUCCAAAUUUAAAUAUUAAAAAAUUUAUUGAAAAAAAUUGUCUUCUUUAAAUAAAAUUAUAGAAAUUUAAUUCAAAUAAAAUAAUAAUUUUAAUUCCAAUUGAUUAAAUAUUUAAAUCAUAUUAUAAUCUUUGUGCUUCAUCUCUAAAUUAAUUCAAUUUUAUUCAAUUCUAUUCGAAAUAUUUCAUAUUAUUAAUCACGUAGAGUCCAAAGUAAGACAAAACAAAAAGAAGAUGAAAAUUUUUUUAAUAAUAAUAUGAUAACUAAGUAAAUUUAAUAAAAAUAAAGAGAAAGUAACUUAUAAAUUAUAAUUAUAAUUAAUAAACUCAAAUCUAAAUUUGAAAAUUUAGUUUUCCAUUUUUUAUUUUCCAUAAAAAAAAAAAAUUUCUAAUUUCUCAAUUUUAUUCUGGCUAACCGUUCUUAACUGUUCCUUUUAUAGCUGCUACAACAUUAUAUUUCCUUUUUUAUAUAAGCAAAAAGGAUUUGUUUUCAAAAUCUUUUAUUUUAUAAAUCUACAUUAUAUAAUUAUUAUUAUUAAUACAACAGACAAUUAUAAUGUAAAUAGAAAAACUAAAUUAGAAAUUAUUAUAUAAAAAAAAAAUAUACUUAAAAAAAAAAUCAUAAAAAGUAAUUUUAAUUAUUACUUUCUCAUAAAAUAAAAUUAUACAAAAAUUUUUACAAAAUAAAAAAAAAAAAAAAGAAAAAAAUAUUAUAAUAAACAAUCUAUUCAAGGCCUUUUUAAAGAUAUUUAAAAACUUUGUAAAAUUAUAUAAAGUAAAAAUAAAUUUUUAUUAUACAAUAUAUUUGAAAAAUUUAAAGUAAAAAUAAGAGAAAAUUUAAAUUAAAAUGAAAAUGAAAAAAUCAUAUUAUUUUGAUAAUUUAAAAUUUAACUAAGAAUAUUAUAAUAUUAUUUUGUAAAAGAGAAAAACUUUUUUAAAUACAUA